AUGUCUCAUCUCUCUAGGACUCAGAGCACAUCUGACUCAGAUGAUUCAUGGGACAGAGAACCUAACAUUGAACCAGUUGCAAUUCCAGGGCCAAGCGCCUCAAAGGGAGACCUCAUGGAGGCACUUAAGGUGCUGCAGGUUCAGGUCCAGAAGCUCAUCGAGGACAAUUGUACUCUUCAUGAGGAAAACAAAGUUCUCAUUGCUGAGAAGCCCAAGCACAAAUGUCAUGCAGAAGCACCUGAUGAACUCUUGGCCCAUGAGCAAAUGAUAAUGCUUUAUGCUCACAAAUACAGCAUGACUGUUGAGAUGUUCCCUAAUGCUGAACUUCUCAGCAAGCAAUGCCCUGAGAAUCUGACUCCCUUUGACAGCUGA